UACAGUGGGUUUCCGUACAGUAAACUACACACACACGUGAGGAACUCUCGAUUGACGAUAAUGCUUAAAGUUAGUUGUUAUUCAUAAAUUUAAAAUGAAUUUUCUCCAGUUGAUCAACUGCUCGAAGACUUUAGGACUUCACACGAAACCAGUGACCCUUUGUAGCAUCAUCAUCAAUCGUCCAGCUGUUGAACAACGUAGGGAAUUUUGGCCUACCAAAAAAGCAUCAACUUCACACUGUUCGCAGUGUACUCGCCACCAUAGCGCUAGUGCAUGGACAUCACACUCCUCAAAAACCCUUUGCACAACAUCUUGCUCUUCAUCAACAAGAACAACUUGGAGGACUAAUUACAUCACAAGUAGUGUCACUGGCAGUAGGCCUAAUUAUGCCACAUUUGUACACGAGGUUGAAACAGGUUUAUCCCAAAGAAACUUUACUUUCUCAUCAUGUGAAAAAGUUGUUCAAAAAAAGUGGCGAGAAUUUUCAUCAGAUGCAACAAGUUUUGAUGGUGUAGAAAAUAUUGAGGAAAGUGACUGGACACACCCAACAACUCGAACUGAAAGUGUUGUCAGCCAAGACCCAGAGUUACACUCACUUCUCUGUGAGAUGGCAGCUGACUUUGGAAAGUCUGAUCAUGGAGAAGGGGCUUCAGAAGGGGUGGUCAUCACAGAUUCUGAAUCAUCAUUUGGUUCGUCUAGCUCUGUCUUGAAGAAUGACAUCUGCGCACAAGAGGAAAGUGAGAGAGAAGGCUCUGGUGCCAUGGUGCCAGUGGAAGAGGAUGGACUACAGAAGGAGGCGGGAGUUUUGAACGUCACAAAUAUAGCUGCUGAGGAAUCUGUGUUCGUCUUCGACAUUGAUGAACUUGUGCAAAUACUUCGAGAAGAGAAUGCACAGGACAUAUGCGUCAUCAAAGUGCCUCCAGAGAAAAACUACGUUGAUUAUUUUGUUGUGGUGACGGGUAGAUCUUCCAGACACCUCAUGGCUAUGACCCAGUUCAUCAAUAAACUGUACAAACGGCGGAAGCAGAGCAGUGAUCCAUUUCUUAUCACAGAGGGAAAGCUAAGUGAUGAUUGGAUGUGUCUUGACUUUGGCAACAUUGUGGUCCACUUCAUGAUGGAAGAAACAAGAUUGACCUAUGACCUAGAGCAGCUGUGGACCCUUGGGAGUGAGUUUGACGACCAUAUGCAGCAGUGGGAGCAACAUGAGAUGCUGAUGUUCAACCCUCAAACCGAUCUUCAGAUGCAGGAACCAGAUGAUGGGGGAUCGACCCAAGCAUGAGCUUGAACAUGCUUUUUUAAACAAGGCCCUCCGACAUAAAAACAACCAAAUGAACCUAAAAUUAAUAAUGAACCCAAAACAUUUAUGGAUAUACAAUAGACGAUGUGACCUCUGACGUCACUCGAAAACCAUAACACAAUUCGCACGCAUACCGCCGGGCAAAACCUUUG